AUGUACUCCAUGUCUUGUGUCAGCAUAGCGUUCUGUGGACAGUUCAGCAAGGAGGCCCUUGACGGCGCAUCUCUGUCUACCACGAUCACAAACGUGUUGGGGACGUCUGUUAUGGUUGGACUGUCAUCUGCGUUCGAUACACUGUUUCCUCAGACAUUUGGAAGCGGUAAUCAGUACGGCGUGGGGGUUAUUCUACAAAGAGGGUUGAUCAUCCUGUUCCUGGCUUGCUUUCCCUGUAUAGCGAUCUUCAUCAACACGGAACAUUUGCUUCUGAUGCUUGGACAGGAGACGGAAGUGGCACGACUUGCAGGCCUUCAUGCCACAGCUUACUCCUUUGGACUUCCGGGUCAUGCUCUCACAUGUAUACUUAUACGGUAUUUACAGUGUCAGGGGAUCGUUAUACCGAACGUGUUCAUGGGCCUGGCCUCUGGAUUGGCUAACGUUGGGAUACACUGGUUCUUUGUCUUCUACCUGGACAUGGGUACCUUUGGAGCUGGAAUUGCACUUGGAAUUGCGCGAUGGCUAUUUUCUAUUUUACAAGUAUUGUAUAUUUUGAUUGCUGGGAUCUACAAAGACACAUGGGCAGGUUGGACUAAAGAGUGCCUGUUCGAAUGGGGAACAUAUCUGACCCUUGCCAUAGCAGGAAUGUUAAUGUUGUGUUUGGAAUGGUGGAGCUAUGAAAUCCUGGUUUUUCUCUCCGGUUUACUGGGAGCAACUCAACUUGCGGCUUUUACAAUUGUAUACAACGUAGCUACUUUGACGUUGAUGAUACCUUAUGCGAUUGGAACUUCCGCCUCGGUAAUUGUGGGUAAUCAUCUCGGGGCUGGUGAUGCUGAAAAAGCCAAGGUCACUUACCGGGUGGUUCUGUUCGUCGGCGUGACAGAGGCGACAGUCAUAGCCCUGGCAACCUUCAUUUGUAAAGACGUUAUUCCUGUACUUUUUAGUCCGGAUGUAGAGGUUCAGAUUCUCACUUCUACACUGCUCAUCAUUGCAGCAAUAUAUGAAAUUUUUCAACAUACCAAGGAAAUCUUGUGUGGAGUCCUGAGAGGAGCGGGACAUCAGAUCUAUGGUGCUCUUUCUAGCUUCUUCUCUUUCUAUGUCGUAGCCUUGUCUAUAUCUAUUCCACUGCUGCUUCUCACAGAGAUGGAAGACGAAGGAGCAUGGUGGGGAGCCUGUAUUGGGGUCUUUGUACAUUCCGUCCUACUGUUGAUUAAAGCUCAGAGUCUGGACUGGCAGGAUGAGGUUACCAAGGCACAGGGACGGGCAGGAAUAGUGAAAGACGUUAUUUUGUACACUGAACUAAAAGGUGGAAACAUAUCUACUAGAAGCAACUUACCAGACGACCAAAAAAUCAUCGCUAAUGGCUAUAAGCUUCGUGAGCUGAAUGGAUCAGUACCUCCCGGUGCUAUGAAUGGAUCAGUUCCUCCCGGUGCUAUGAAUGGAUCAGUUCCUAACGGAAAACCUAAUGGAUCCCUCACCUAUGAAUUGCUGGAAAUGAACGAAAUUAAUGAGAUGCACGGUGACAACAUACUUCUGACAAGUGCUGACUUCAACAGCAGCGACGACAACGACCCAGGUGACAAGCUCAGUCUCGAUACCAAGAUGCUGAUCCUGUCUCGAAUAGCGACGGUCUUCCUACUGGUCGUGAUCUUAAUUGGAAGCGUGUUCCUGAAGCUUAUUCUGGACCAGCGUGUAGAUGACACAUUCAAGUAUAAUUUUGAUGUAGCUACUGCACUGAACGAAUCGGGAAUAUUAGACCUGGCUCUGAAUAGCUCCGCAAAGUUUAUAACUAGUUUGAAAACGAAUAUUGGUGUUGCAAACAUUACUUUUUAG